ACACACCCCUUAUCUGGAUUUUCAGCCAACGACUACGACCUGAGCUAUCCCUGGAAGAUUUAUUCUUAACAAGUCAAACUGUCUUAAAAACAGACAAUUUUUUGGCCACACGGGUCUAUUAAAUUAGUCUUGCAUCUGAAUAUCUGGCGUCCGGCUCGUGUUGUUUACAUUGAAACAACAACAACACAAUAUUAAAAUGAUGACACACAUCCCAGAUAUGUCAAACCUGGAGAGUCCAGUACAUUUUAUGGCUUACAUUAUCAUGGGAUCUGGGUCAUCAGCAUAGGAUUGUGUGGUCAGAACUCUGAUGUAUACGUGGAUUUUAUUGCUGCUGACUGGAAUGGAAGUGGAAAUUCGGAAAGAUAAAUGACAUUGAAUUGUUGAAAUGGAGAAAACUGGUCUGACUACAGUUUGUUGAGAUUAAAUGAAAGAGUAAUCUUAGGCAGAUAAAAUUACUCCAUCAGUGGCUGAGAUAAUUGUGACAUCUUCAAAGAUAUUGGAUAUUAGGGUUGUGGUUAACAUUCAUGAUACAGUUUUCCAUCACUUCAUCUGAACGAUAUGGCAAUGUCAGCUGUGUUCCGAUCAUCAUGUAAAAUGGCUAUGUGUUACAGGACUGCGGAAAGAUUUGGAUGUGUUAGACUUUUAGCCACAGGAGGCUUUUUAGAUUUCAAAAGAUUUGCCAUGAUACAGAAAUCCAAGAGACCCUAUGAGUGGAACAAAGUCGUAUCUGAUGCAGAGAAAAUUGUGGGAUAUCCUACUUCAUUUAUGAAUCUGAGAUGUUUGUUAAGUGAUGAAAUUGCAAAUGUAGCAAUGCACAUGAGAAAACUUGUUGGAACAAAACACCCACUGUUGAAAACAGCCAGGGGUUUGGUUUAUGAUGGAAAGUACAGUCUGCAGGCUAGAGGACUUAUUAUUCUGCUUCUGUGUAAAGCAGCUGGAUUUGGAGAAAUCAAAGAUGGGCAAGAAAAGCUACAAGACAAAGCAGGAGGGAUUUUGCCAAGUCAGAGAUCUCUAGCUGAGAUUACAGAGAUGAUUCACACAGCAAAUCUCAUCCACAAAGGUGUUGUUAAUCUCUCAGACUUGCUCCCUCAAGAUGGCCCUUUGAAGGACAUGGAGUUCGGAAACAAAAUGGCUGUUCUUAGCGGAGAUUUCUUGUUGGCUAGUGCUUGUACAGGAUUGGCCGAGCUACGGAACACACAGGUUGUGGAAGUUGUAUCUAGUGUUAUAUCUGAACUGAUGGAAGCAGAGUUUUCAGGAUUAACAGACAAAAAUGGAAUGGCUACUGUGAAUGAUGGAAUAACCCUGGAAGACUGGGAACAUCAGACAUACCUUACAUCAGGCAGCCUACUGGCAAAGAGCUGCAAAUCUGCACUUCAUCUCGCCAAUCACACAUCAGAAAUGCAACAACAGGCUUUUGAUUUUGGACUUAAUAUGGCUUAUGCCCAUCAGUUACAUGAUGACCUCAAACCAUUUCUUCAACCAGAAGAAUCAGACAAUGCAAUAAAUCUGUUGUCAGCACCUGUAGUGUGUCAUAUACAGAGUUGUAAAGAGAAUGGCACUUUUUCUUCAGUCCUGGAUGAUACAGAUGUGAUCAAUCAUUCCAAGGUCUAUGCUGAAGUUCUGGCAGGUCCAUCUAUCAGUGUAUGCCGGGAGAGAUGUGUAGAGUAUGGCAGCAGGGCUACAGCAGCCUUAACAGGCUUCAAGUCAUCAGAGGCCAAAGCAGCAUUAAUCAACAUCAUAAAAGCUGUCACUCAGUUAUGAUAGAGACACAUUUAAUACACAAGUAAAAAUUAUUCACUAUGAGAAAAAGGAAAUUAUAAUGGAUUUUUUAAACAAUAUCUUAAUAUGUCAUGAUUUGUAUCAAAGAAAAUAAAAUUAUGAUCACUUUGGAUUGUGCCUUAUCGAGAAGUUGAAGUGAUGCAUAAGUAACCGUUUUGAGAAUUUUUCACCUAUUUUGUGUAGUUAUGCUGCAUGUAUGUAAUAAAAACUGUCGCAGACAAUGCUUUAAUUGAGCAGUGUUUGACUGCUAGAUGAAUAAGUGGCUAUAGGGCCUAUGAGAGACAUGAGUUUGCGCAUAUGCUGGAAGUUGGGGUUAGAAAACGCUCCCUUCACCCAACGCUCAUGCAUGAAGGCCGUGUACCGCCAGGGUUCUAACCCUAACUUCGGAUAUAUAUGCACGAAACCCCCCACGCAGAACUCCUGAUAACUCAUAUCUCUCAUAGGCCCUGUAAUUAUGAUAACUUAUUCAAGUAUUAAACUUCUCAGACUUUAAGUGCGGAAAUUAACAUUGAAUUCACAAUCUAGAUCUGCAUUUCUUCCCCAUGUUCAUCAAAGUCAUGAUAAAAUGAAUCUCAAAGCUUAAGUUAUUUAUCCACACACCUCCUCCACUCUCUCCCAAACCUUCCUCAAUAAGCCAGGGGUUGAUUUCAUCAAGCUCACUUAGCUAAAUAAGCCCUUAAUUACCAUGACAACAUAUGUUGUAGAGAUAUAAAGUGCACUUAGUUAAGGGUGAGCUGACACAAAGUAAGCUUCAUGAACAAUCCCCCCCCCCUCCCGCCAGGACUGAUACCAGCUGUUUUUCACUUUAUAUGUAACACAGCAUUAUAUUCUUCUGAUUUAAGGAGAUGUGUAGCAGUGUAAAUGACUGUGACUUUGAGCUGAUAUUUACCUUGAUAGUAGGCCUGAUAAACAGCUGUGCAACCCUUUCAGCUGACGCCUAACAACGUUUUCCAAAAUCAGAUACCGUUUUCUGUUUUGUGUGUACAUUUUAUGCUGAAGCCCUUGUUUACAUGGGAGAGUUAUCCCCCCCUUGUUCCUUGAAAACAGAGAUAUUUUUAACCCAAAGGGCUCUAGCACUGUGUCUGAAGUUAAUAGUAUCCUUCUUUGGUACAAACCUGGCGUUUCUCCAGCAUGGUGCUUAUGCUGCAUAUGUAACCCUAUAUACAGAAAUAGAUUUUUACAAGCGAA